CUCUAUGUUUUUGUUAGGGGAAAACUUGUUGCUCGUUAGCCCGAGUGUGAAUGUAGCGUGUCCGGUCGUUUUGCUUUCCGACUCUCGGUAAAAAAUAGAGAGAAAUGCUUUGAGUUUUUAAAGGCAGGGAGGGAGCUCUGCUUUUCAAGCAGGGGGAUAUUUUUGUUAACGCUCCACGACCGUCCCUCCUGUCUCCGGCUCGGGUUUGAAAAAAAAUCUUAGUGGCCAUCGUUGCUCGUUAGCAACCUAGCUAUUAGCUGCCUCCGCCGCUGGAGAACUUACCCCAACUCAUUUAACGCUACCUCCGCUCUUACUUUGUAUCCGUUUUUCUUUGUGACUUUCCUUCUCGGAGAAGGAGGUGAAAAAGGGGGAAAACAACCGCAAAAAUGGCGGAAACCAAAAUAAUUUAUCACAUCGACGAAGAGGAGACGCCGUAUUUGGUGAAGAUUCCAAUCGCUGCCGAAAAUAUCACUUUGCUGGAUUUUAAACAGGUCCUGAACAAGCCCAACUACAAAUUCUUCUUCAAGUCUAUGGACCAGGACUUUGGGGUGGUGAAAGAAGAGAUUUCUGAUGACAGCGCCAGGUUGCCGUGUUUCAAUGGGAGAGUGGUGUCAUGGCUGGUGUCCUCAGACACUCCUACAGCAGAGCCUCCAGUGGCAGUGGUUCCUCCUGUGGAAACGCCGACCCAGCCUUCACCCCCUCCUCCACCCCUACCACCACCACCUGCAGAGAGGACAGGGGGCAUUGGGGACUCCAGACCACCCUCCUUCCAUCCCAAUGCCACAGGCAGUGUGGAGACUUUGGACGACCAGACUGAAACUGAGUCUGUAGUUUCUUUCAGGAGAGAGAGACCUCGUCACAGAGAGGGCAUGGAGCAGCACGGGCCAAGGAUAAAUGGCCAAAGUCGCCUGGAGCGCCACCUUGCAGGUUAUGAGAGUUCCAGCACAGUGAUGAGCAGUGAGCUGGAAACUACCAGCUUUUGUGACUCUGAGGAUGAUGACACUAUGAGCAGGUAAGUCUCAUAGUCAGAGCAGAGUACGGCCUCCAGGCUUUUAAAGAGGCACCGUCGACGGAGAAAACAGCGCCCUCCGCGUCUGGAGAGGGCUUCCUCCUUCAGCAGUGUGACAGACUCCACAAUGUCCUUAAAUAUCAUCACAGUCACUCUCAACAUGGAGAAGUACAACUUUCUGGGCAUCAGUAUCGUGGGUCAGAGCAACGAACGGGGAGACGGAGGCAUUUACAUCGGCUCCAUCAUGAAGGGAGGAGCAGUGGCUGCAGACGGACGCAUUGAGCCUGGUGACAUGUUGCUGCAAGUGAACGACAUCAACUUUGAAAACAUGAGUAAUGAUGACGCCGUGCGGGUGCUGAGAGAGAUCGUACACAAGCCAGGGCCCAUUAUUCUCACAGUGGCUAAAUGUUGGGACCCGUCUCCUCAAGGCUACUUCACUCUCCCUCGUAAUGAGCCGAUCCGACCAAUCGACCCCGCGGCGUGGGUCAGCCACUCUGUGGCCAUGACCGGGACGUACCCUCCUUACGCAGGCACCAUCACCUCUUCCUCCUCUGUUACUGAGACUGAGCGUUUUGAUGACUUUAACCUAUCACUGCACUCAGACAUGGCAUCAGUUGCCAAAGCCAUGGCCUCACCGGAGUCUGGUCUGGAGGUCAGGGACCGCAUGUGGCUGAAAAUCACCAUUCCCAACGCUUUCCUUGGCUCAGACGUUGUUGAAUGGCUGUUUCAUCACAUAGAAGGAUUCCAGGACCGCCGUGAAGCCAGGAAGUACGCUAGCAAUCUGCUAAAGGCCGGCUUCAUUCGGCACACUGUCAACAAAAUCACUUUCUCUGAACAGUGCUACUACGUUUUUGGAGACCUGAGCGACUGCGAGAACUACAUGGCCAAUCUGUCCCUGAAUGACAAUGAUGGCUCUAGCGGGGCCUCAGACCAGGACACGUUGGCUCCACUGCCGCUCCCUGGUGCCACUCCCUGGCCCAUGAUGCACACCUUCCCCUACCAGCCCUACCCAACACACCCGUACUCCAGCCAGCCUCCUCCGUACCACGAGCUCAGCAGCUACAGCUAUGCUCCUGGCAGCACAGGCAGCCAGCACAGUGAAGGGAGCAGAAGCAGUGGCUCGACAAGAAGCGAGGGUGAUCGACGCCGCAGUAAAGGUCCAGGCAGCACUGUAGGUGGAGGAGAAAAAUCUCCUUCUGGUGGAGUUGGAGAAGGUGGCGGCGCUGACUCUCGGUCCGGCAGCGGCAGCGAAUCAGAAUACUCCACCCGCAGCAGCUUGCGGCGCGGCCACGGCUCCGCCACCCCAAGCGAGCACAGCCACGUCUCCUCUCAGCGCUCGCAUCACCACCGCAUGCCCCAGCCGCCUCACAUGUCGCCGUAUCCACCAGGGAUCCUACCCUACAACCCCAUGAUGGUGAUGAUGGUACCACAGCACCCACAUCCAGCCAUGGCUGCCGCACAUGCUCUCCCACACACACAGCAGAUGGCCACGGCCAUGCACCCUGCUUUACCUCCACCGCCUUCUUCUACUCCAGGGGGACCCCCCGGUGCCCCUCCCACCCGUGACCUUGGCUCUGUACCUCCUGAGCUGACCGCUUCACGUCAGUCAUUCCACUUGGCCAUGGGCAACCCUAGUGAGUUCUUUGUGGAUGUCAUGUAGUUGGGUUUUAUAUAGUCUUGGUGUUGAAGUCAGUGUACGGUUUCUGCUUGUUUUUGACGAGGAUCUGACAGUAGCUUGUUGAGCUCACAGGUGCCUAUUGAAACUAGGGCAAUUGUUACCAAUUUGGUGAAAACAGGGUUUGACAUUGACGAAGAAAAUGUGAGAAAUAUUAAAAAAAACUCUCAAUGUUGGAUGUAUUGGCAACGAUGACACUACUAAAUUCUGUAAAAAAAAAAAUAGAUUCUGCUCCUUUUACUUUAAAGUCUUUUAAUGGCUAAGAGCUGCAUAGCACUCUAGUUUUUUAAAUCCCUGUUAACAGAAAUACUUUUAAGGAGACGCGUUCUCUUGCUCAGCUGCCAGUGCUGGAAGCGCACAGACCAUAGUUUAACACUAGAGGGUGCCCAGUACACCAUGUACUUGAAAAGGAUAUAAUCCUGUACAUACUUUGUUCAGACUGUGCCAGAUUGUAACACUCCAAAGUGCCUUUGCUCUUUGUGUUUUUUGGAGACAUUUUCACACUCCACAUUCAUAAAGUACAAAUAACGUUUUGUUUGUUAUUGUUUGACAAUGAACUCUCCUGUGUAUAUAUGUACAUAUAUUUGUGUAUGUACAUAUAUACAACACCAGGGUAAAUGUAAUAACACACAACAGCAAGCUCGAAUGUGAAAAGAAACAAGGUCCAACUAUGUCAGGUGAACUUGUGUUUAGUGAUCACUGUGUAGCCUAGUCUUUGUAUGAACUCUCGAGGAGUACUAUGCUUUGUGGUAUGGGACUUUAACGGUACUAGUUGGUGAAAGGAAGAUCCUAAAGAGCGGUACUUUUUGAUAACAAUGCUUUGUAAAUCUGAAGUAACUGUGUUCCAUGUGCCCUGGCUCCCUGUACUCUUUUUGUAUGUUACUGACUCAUUAUUCACCUAUUUCAUUUGUUUUUGUAUGAGUGACUAUAUAAAUCAUGUGUAACCCAAACUUUUAAGGUGCUAAAUGAAGUCAUCAUUAAAAAGAAAAAAAAAAAGCCAGAAAAACAUGACAUUUUUACAGUGUCUCAUUGUUUGCUUUCAUAUUGCCACCUUUUGUUUUUGUUUUUUUGAGAAUAAAUUUAUUACCAGC